UUCCACCAAUAGCAUGGGAGUUUGACGGGGCUGAUCGAGAGCAUCCGAUGGAAGGGCGUUAAUGCCAAUUUUGUCUUUUGUGUCUUGUGCAAAUUUUUUCGGGCUAGUUUGGAAGUUUAUGUGAAAGUUUUAGUUAUUUUACUUACGUUGGGGUGACAUGUUGUAUACAGUUCGAUUCCAUGUUUUUUGUCGUUACGAAGUUUAAGUGCUCUUUGUUCUCAGAUAGUUUUCUUUACGUGUCCAGAUUUUGACAUAUAGUUCAAUGGGUUUAGGUCCCAGUUCUCAAGGCGACAUGGAAGUUGAUUUAGAUAAAAUAAGAGUGGUAGUUAAGGGGCUAAUUGAUGGUGAUAAAAUUGUAAUUUUUUCAAAGACAACAUGCCCGUACUGCAGAACGGCGAAGUCGAUAUUCGAUGGUAUGAACCAGCGGUACACAGCUGUUGAGUUAGAUCGCCGGGAUGAUUGUAAUGCCAUUCAGACUGUACUGGAAGAGAUGACUGGAGCACGAACGGUUCCCCGUAUCUUUGUCGGAGGGGAAUGCCUAGGAGGCUGCUCCGAUGUGAAGAAACUUUUUGAGUCAGGAAAGCUUGCAGAAAUAGUUGAAGCAAAGUAAACACACAGUAUGAUAACUGCUGUGGAACAUCAUACAUUUAUUCAUGUUGCUUAAACAAGAAAUGAAAUAAAUAUGUGGGUUAAUUCUUUUUAGCAUAUUUUAAAAGGAUAUUGUCACAUUUCAGGUUGGACAUUAAUUGUAUAUGUGUAUGAAUGUGAAUGUUAAUAAAGACAUCAGUAUUGAGUCAGUGA